AUGCAAUCCUUACUACAAUAUCGCCGUUUUGGGAAAGCUCUCGAGGCACAAUUGGGUCGUAGCAAAAAUAAGGUUUCUCAAUCGCGUCAGCAGCGACGUGACGAGAUCGAAGGAGAAGAUAUACCAACCACAGAAGAGAAAGAUUUGGAACAGGGUCUACAUAAUAAUGAGGAUGCUGUCGCUCAUGUCCACGAUCCCGAAUUGCGAGCCCACGAUGGGCCAGAUAUCAUUACACCGGACUCUAUAGAUGCAUCUCCCUCUCAGUCGGGGCAUGAAAGUACAGGUGAUGGACGUAUCACGCGAGAUGAAACUGAGCGAACAGUGAUACCAGAAGAUGAGGACCUCAAUGAUCUUCGCGUCGUUCCUACUCACAGAACAACCGGCACAACACUCGGACGAGCAAUCACUGGUAUUGAAAUCCGCCCACGAACAACGAGAGAAGGUGGUCCAGAACUUGGCAACGUGUUUGUAGUUUCUUGGGAGUCAGAAAAAGAUCCUAUAAAUCCUUACAACUGGGCACUCUCUAGACGAAUUAUAUGCACGUUCACUAUAUCGUUGAUCUCCAGUGUUGUGGGUUUUGCAUCCGCCAUUGAUUCAACAAUUAUCCCACAGGCGGCUGCUGAAUUUGGUGUUGGCGAGAUUAUAGAAGCACUAGCAUCGGGUCUUUUCUUGAUCGGAUUUGGUGCUGGAGCCUUGGUGGCUGGUCCAUUCUCAGAAACCCUUGGUCGAAACCCUGUAUAUAUCACCACGAUAGCUCUGUACAUGCUAUUCCUAGUUGGAGCUGGCGCAUCUCCCAAUAUUGGGUCUCAGCUUGUUUGUCGAUUCUUUGCCGGCAUGUUCGGUGCCACACCGCUGGUAUGUGCUGGUGGAUCUUUAUCAGAUAUCUGGACCCCGCAAGAACGAGUUUUUGCAUUCCCGCUCUUUGCUUGUUCCUCGUUUCUAGGGCCGCUGCUCGCUCCCAUUGUUGGAGAUUGGAUCGGCCAAAGUUCGACACUCAGUUGGCGUUGGACCGAGUGGGUGACCUUGAUUGCUUCCGGGGUCAUUUUGACCAUCGUUGUUCUCACUCAGCCUGAAACUUAUGCUCCAGUACUUCUUGGGUGGAAAGCCAAACAGCUUCGUCAGAUUACAGGCGACAAACGUUAUCGCGGUGCUAUUGAGUUACGAAAGACGCCGCUGAUUGUCCGUCUUAGAAGAGCAUUGUACCGCCCAUUUCUCAUGUUCAUCCAGGAACCAAUUCUUAUUCUCUUUGGUCUAUACCUGACAAUGGUAUAUAUUGUGCUCUUCACUUUCCUGACCGGUUACACAUACAUCUUCACCGGCAUCUACGGGCUCUCAACAGGGAUGACGAGAGUAUGUUUCGUAGGCCAAAUGGUUGGCAUUCUUUCAUGCUCUCUCCUAAUCCCACUUAAUAUGCAUCUUCGCAAGAGAGACAUCGCGCGUGCAAAGGCUAUCGGUCCAAACGUCAAGGUAGCCCCUGAAUCACGGCUGUAUUGGGCGAUGAUUGGUGGUCCGGCUGUGCCGAUCAGCUUGUUCUGGAUGGGCUGGACUGCUCAUCCAAAUAUAUCUAUCUGGUCUCCUUUGCUGGCAUCGGUGCUGUUUGGUUUCGGAAUUAUCUGUGUCUUCAUAACCACAUACCAGUACCUCAUGGAUACUUACGAAAUAUAUGCAGCCAGUGCAUUGGCAAGUGUCACCUUCCUUCGGUACACUAUUUCUGGGGCUUUUAUUGAGAUUUCGAUUCCAUUCUAUGAGAACAUGGGUGUUGCUUGCACCUUGACGAUCCUGGGCAGUCUCAGUGGGGUUUUGGUCGCUAUUCCGUAUAUGUUCUGUCAGUAUGGUCCAGCGAUCAGGAAAAGGAGUAGAUUUGUGCCCGAGGUGUUUUAA